AUGAUCGCCGAUGACCACUUCGAUAUCGAUUAUUGGAACACAGAAACAGGUCCAUCCGAGCUCGAGUUUGAGCUCGAGCCCUCCGACAACCUCCUCACCAUCUCUUCUCUCCCCUCCACCACGCUCGGCGUCACCGCGAUCAAGCUCUACGGCGCUCGGUUUCUCCUGUACGACACUCCAGGCAUCUGCCCUUCCGCCUAUCGCAUCCGUCUGCUCACUUCCAUGCUCUCCGAGGAGCAGAAGAAGGCCAAGCUGCUCUUUCCGCGCAAAGCGCUCGUCCCCACCGUGUUCUCCCUCCAUCCAAACCACUCCAUUUUGUUGGGCGCUUUAGGACACAUCGAUUACGUUGCAAACGAAAACACCAAUCCGCUCAUUGGAUAUAGUUAUUCGCCUUUGUCUCUCCAUCUAUGCAAAACAGAAAACGUUCCUUCUCUCCUCACAAAACACGCAGGAACGCUUUUCGUUCCGCCCUUUUCGGAGGCGCAGUAUUUGGCAUCGGGAGGGAUCGUGCACCAGAGCGAUUUCCCGCUUUCUCGUGUGCUCAACACGCCGAGUGAAGUGCGAAACACGCUGUUGCCGGCCUCUCCGAGCAGUUUGAAAUACACGGCGUUUUUGGAUGUGAGCAUUGGAGGGUUCGGAUGGAUCGCUUUUUUCGCGCAGGGUGAGAGACGAGGGAAGGAACUGAGAGAAUAG